AUGCCUCAUCGUCUUCCAACUCUACGUCGCUACAAGAUUUCUAACGACGUUUUAAUCCUAAUUCUGGAGAAGUUGGACCCCCGUACCUUGGCCACCACAUGCAAGGUAUUCCGAAGGGUCUACGAGCUCGUUAUGGGGUUCCAGCAUCUCCGUUACAAGUUCGAGUUGGCAAUGGCCGGAAUGCAGGACGGCACUCCCUCUUACUAUUCCAAGCCGCCGUCUCUUCGCCUACAGCUUCUCUUGGCGUACAGAGAGAACUGGCCAAAGCUCCGAUGGACUUGCGAACAAAAGAUUUUCAUCUCUGCUGCCGCAACCGUCGUAAACGUCUGUGGAGGCUUUCUUUAUCACGUCGAGGGCCAGACCCUGGACUUGAAAGAGCUCCCCUCUUACCGCACUGGUCGACUUCCUGCCCAGACCAAGCACAUUAGGUUCGGUACCGCUCCUCGAGCCGAUUGUGUCGCGAUUGAUCCCAUGCAAUCGCUCAUCGUGACAAGCCAUACCUUUAGUGGUCACGGCGGACAAGUUGCCCUCCGGUUGAAGAUUCGCAAUUUAUGGACCUUCGAAAAACAUCCUUAUGCAGCUUCGCAAUCUUAUGAAUGCCUUACUCAAGUCGCUCAACCUGUUGCGAAGACCUCGAUGGUUGUUUGCGGAUUUAAGAUGACAGUUUCUCUCGAAUUUUUAGGAGGGACAGUCAAGCACCUUCUGAUUGAUUGGCGCACAUUACAGGCAAUGUGGCUUGAGGAACAGGAUGUCCAUUUUUUAAACCCAGAGUCCCUCCUCACUGUCGGAUACUCCCCUCGUGGAUCUCCUGGUAUGAAGCUUUUCAAUAUUCGUGACUUGAACAGAACCUUCAUCGAGCGCGAGUAUGAAUUACCAAGCAUUUGGGCUGGCUCCGAGUUACGAUUCAGUCACAACGCUAUCCCAACUCCCACAGUCCCACUCUCCAGAGACGCAUUAUUUCAUCUGGACCCAUUGACUCGCGUGCUCCAUUUGACGGUCAAAGGUGGGCAGAAACGGGGCGCCUUGCAUUGGCUCUUCAUCAAAGAAUCCUAUUUCCGCCCAGCUUCACGCGCUGACCAGUCCUGCCAUGUUCCAUGGGCAUCUUGGAGUAAAGCUUGCCUGAUUAAAGAUCUUGUGGCAUCAGAAAUUAUUGGCGUUCCCCGAGUUAUCGGCAGCCGCAUUGUAUAUGUCGAAUCCGAUUCGGGAUCUGGGAAGGAUAGAAUUUCUAUCAUUGACUUCGCUAUACCCGCAAACCACCCUGGAUCCAGCUCUCGUCCUUGGUCGUUGAUUGGACCACUAGCAAUGUUGACCCCGAAUGAAUCAAGCCGCAGUAUUCCCUCCUCUGUUACAGGUCAUCUCCGAGUCGAAGGAAUUUGCGCUUCCGAAGACAAUAUUGUCGUCAUGCUCGAACCUCAACAAGGAGGGAAGGCCGUCAACAUCUUGACGUUCGGGCCCAAGUGA